CUGUACUGACAGCAUUUAAAGGACUCUGCAUGUGUAGGUAGUAUCACAAUGGAAUUUUCUUGUGGAUUUGUUUAUGUGCCGCCAGCAGUGAGUCAAAAGAACGGCCAACAAUCCAAUGUCAUCAAGCGCUCAGAAGGAGAAAUUCCUUUCAGAUACUUUGCUUUUCUCGGAUAAAGCCAUCUGCCACCUGAGUCACAUUUUCUUCACAGCACAAAGCUCUUCUCCCUCCUGUAAACCGGAUGCGUCCUCGCAGUCCUCCCCCUCCUCCUCCAACAAACUCUGCCGAGGCCAAAUCACCGAAACCCCUCCGACCUCUUCUAAAGGUUAUUGAGCAGUUGGAAAAGAUCAAGGAUGUGAAGAAGGCUGUGAAGUCUACUGUUUUCUAUGAAAAUGAAGAAUUUCACAAUAAACCAGAAGCAUCUCCAACACCUCCUCGUAGAACAGCUCUUCUUCCACCACACAUGAAACCAUCAUCCACCAGACACUCCCCUCCGUACAGCCAGCCGUUCGACUCCUCCAGCACUAACAGUCAGGCAUUUACCUACGACCUCCCAAAAGAUGAGCCAGAUUCAAACGCAAGUCUCUGGGACCCAAACUACUCGUACACCACCCCUGAAGGCACGGGGGGCGAGGUGAAGCCGCCCACUGAUACUAACAACGGGUCAACCAAGGCACUAGUCCCGCCACUUCCUCCGAGGCCUUCAUUCAUGAAGUCAUUGCCGUUGUACUUAGUGCUGCUACCCACCUUUCAAUCAUCUCCCUCAUCACCUCAGAAAACAGACUCGCCGCUUAUCCCAUCACCUAAAGCAGACAAGAGUCCUCUUUCGGGAAAUCCUAACGUGCUUCUUGUCAGUUUAGGGAAAUUACUGUCUGAAGAAAGAGGGCAGAUCACACAAGGGGAACCCACCUCCUGCUCACAGUGUGGCUCUGUGUUGGACUCAGGCCAUAGAAACUUAUAUUUAUUUCAGGUAAAGGACUGUUACUUCUGUGGGUCUUGGGAGCCACAGUGUCCUCUAACUGGUCACCGGGACGGCCUGUUUUCUCUCUGUCCUGAUGAAAAGCCCCUGGGUGCCGCUGACCCUCUGCUGCUCCUCUGCAUCGACAUCUCAGGCUCCAUGAGCAUCACCGCCGAGGUGUCAGAGGGAGAGAAUGUGGUCCAUAAAUCCCGUCUUCAAUUUGUCCAGGAGGCCGUGCUGCAGUGUGUUCAGAGACUGAGUGAACAGCAGCCUGGCAUGAGAGUGGGACUCAUCACCUUCAACUAUCAGGUGACGAUGCAUGGAAACGAGAUUUUCACGUCACACUCUCUGAGCAAUGCAGAGUUGAUUGACUGCAACUUCCUGAAAGAGGCUGCAGCCAGUUUCCCCACGCCUCCUCCUCUCUCUCAGACCAGGGAAUACUUACAGAAACAAGUUAUGGGACUAUCUGAAGGCGGGACAACGGCUCUGGGUCCAGCUGCUCUCCUCUCCAUCGCAAUAGCCUCCAGACAGCCAGGGUCCAAGGUGAUUAUCUGUACAGAUGGGAAGGCCAACACAGAGCUGGGGAACCUGGAGGUCGAGGAUCUUGACGCUCGCACCCUCCUCUCAUCCACCAUCUUCUACCAGGAGCUGGGGCUCUACGCUGCCAAUCAGGGUGUGACCGUGUCUGUGCUGUCCAUCGAGGGAACAGACUGUCGGCUGGAUGAGCUGGGCCGACUGGCUGAUCGCACCGGAGGGACAGUGGUGAUAGCCAGCCCCAACAAGCUGCACUCAGAGUUCGAACACAUUAUCGAGAACAAGACGAUAGCUACACACUGCACCGUCACAUUACUGCUGCCACAAUCACUGCCCAUAAGAGGAGAGAGGGAGGCCGGACAAAAAGUGACCCGAGAGGUGGGGAACGUGGAUCCAGACACAGAGAUCACCUUCCAGUUUGGAGCCAGCGAACAGGACACAGAGGUGUUGGCGCCGGCCUCUGGCAGCCAUGUUUCCAUCCAGCUGCAGAUCAGGUACCGUCAGAGGAGAGGACGGACGAUGCUCAGAGUGAUCACUGCAGACCGAGAGGUUACUGAUGACAGCUCGGCCGCCCUGUCCUCCCUCUCUCUGGCCAUCAUUCAGCUCAACUCGUCUCAGGCCAGUGCCGCUCUGGCUGUCAGAGGACGCUUCCUGGAUGCCAGGAGGGAAGGAGAGCUGCAGAGGAAGCUGAUCGAGAGAGCCAUAGAGCACAAUAGCAGUGCAGAGGACCAUCAAACAUACCAAGAAUGGGUUAAAACCAUGGAGCCUAUAUACAACAACAUACAUAACUUCACAAGGAGAAAAUCAGUUGUUUCCGACUCACAGUCUCUAACAGACGCUGGUGCAGCACUUCUAUACACCAUGAAGCACAGCAACAGGAAGUCCAUCUCGCGGAAGAAUGAACAUAAAUUCUAGCCAACAGUCAGACUCCACCUUUCAUCUCGCUGGAAGCAACUCGAGUCAACUCAUGAAUGGAAAGGAUUGCAGUUUGACUCUGACUGACUGAUCUGGCUGAAUGAAGAUCCCUGGAAUAUUUCACAAUAUAAAUAAUGUAAUACAGCGUAUCAACAUAAAACACGGUCAUAAAGAGACUCAUUUCUCAGAGUGAGACUUCAAAAGAUUUCUUUCAGCGUUGUUUCAAAACUGCUGAUGCAGUGCAGUGCUCAUGGGUGUAAAUUAACCACCAACCAAAACACGAUCAGCAGCUGACACUAUGUCAGCAAAAACACAGCACACAACUAAUAAACCUCCAACAGUUAGUGUAGUUUUAAUUAUGAGAAUGUAAUUGUAAUGAAUGUAGUUUUUGGCACCAGACUUGGCAAAGCAAAAGAACAUUUAAUCAUACAUUAUUGUUGUUUAAAUAUAUGCUCUGAAUAAGGUUAAGAAAAGGCAUCAAUGCAGUGAGCAUAUGUUUAUAUAAUUUAUAUAUUUCAAAGAAAAAACGGGUCAAUAAAAAAAGUGUUAGUGAGCAAUGGAGAGCAUACAGGAUCAGAUGCCUUAGCCUUAACAGCGGUAAAAUGUAACUAAAUACAUUUACUCAAGUCCUGUUCUUUAAUACCAUGUUUAGGAUACUUCUAUUUCAAUUGUAUGGUUCUUUAUACUUCUUAUUACACUACCUUUUGGAGAAAUCUAUUUAUUAACUUAUGAGUUACAGAUUUGCACCUUUUUAGGCUACAAUAUUGAAGUCAUGUAAAUAUUAUUUUAUCACUGAAUAUUAUUACAUAACAUAGAUAUACAUGAUUCUGAAAUGGGCCAUUAAUGAGCACUUUCUUUAAUGCAUGUUUUUAAUGCAUACUUUAAGGUAUUUGGAAGCAAAAACAAACUACUUCUGAAAUUGUGAUAACAUAUUUGAGACAGAUCAUGUCCCUUUCAAUCUGGUUUACUGUACAUAAUACAGUUUAAGACAUGUUUUGUUUUAUCGGGAUCUGAGUAUGUUCUGUAAGUUCAAACAGAACCUUAUGAAGGCUCAAAAUGUUAUAAUUUCGCUGCAUGGUGAAAUACGUUUAUUGAUGGGAUGUAGGUCGCAGAGCAGGAACACAAAGGAAACACGGAUGCAUGUUAAUUUUAGCAUUCAGAAAUGUCACAGCAAAUGGACAGAUUGCACAUAUGGAUUGAAGUGUUGCUUAAUGUACUUCCAGGUACCUAAGGUGUCAUUAAUGGAAAUAAAGAGUGUAGCAAGAGCUCACCUUCUAUAGCUGCAGCCGCUAAUGGAAAACUACGCUUUUGCUUUUAAAAGGUGCAUGAAAUGUCAGCGUCUUCAGUAAAUGUGUUCUUUUAAUCUUUGUAUAUGUGGUAUAAAAACCGACUUUCUUCUUUUUUUUUAA